UAUGUCUCGGACCGGGUAGUCGAGAACGUUGCCAUUCAGAAAAGCCAAAGCCUAGACAAUAUAGCUGGAUAUUUGGGCGUAAACAAUAUUUUUCGUUCUGCAACAAUGUGUCAGAAACGGCUCUAUGAUCGUAUAAACACUGAAGCACAUUUUUGAAUCUUUUAAUACUGGACAUUGGAACAUACACCUUAUUUGUUUUUUGUAUUUUUGAGAGAAAGAAGUAUUAUGAAAAUGGUUUCCAAUGAACGUUAUUCGAUGUGGAUUACGCCUUUUGUAUUGACUCUUCUUUUAUAUGCCCCGUUCGGUCUAGCUUUCACUGUGGCGGGACAAGAGAACACCUGUGAUGCGAACGGCAGCGUCUACUAUGUGGGAGAAUGGUACUUUCUAGACUCCGACCACUGCACGCAGUGUGAAUGCACCACAGAGGGGUCGUCUUGUGCACGGACGGAGUGCACUUCUUUGCCGGCCGCUUGCAUCCACGUCAGCCACUAUCCCACUGACUGCUGCCCAAGAUGUGAGAAAAUAGGCUGCGAGUACCGGGGAGAAGUUUACGAACUGGGACAAAACUUCCAGCCCAGUGAGUGUGAGCAGUGUACCUGCGACGGUGACGGCAUCGCCCGCUGCCUGGUGGCAGACUGUGCCCCCCCGCCCUGCGUCAACCCUGUCUACACCACAGGGAAGUGCUGCCCACAGUGCCCCCAGGGGCCCAACUGCUAUGUGGAUUCCACUCGGAGCCAGGUAAUCCCCGGAGGGGAGGCGGUGUGGGUGAACUCCUGCACCAAGUGUCGUUGUCAUGACUCUGGCGAUGCCGGCUACUGGGAGGGUAACCGCUUGGCCACCUGUGCCCGGCUACGCAACUGCACCGCGGAAGAGCCUGGCAAGAAAAACUAAUCAUGUAGAACAAGUCCUGUUCGCGGGUUUAGGGUGAAGUUGCCACCGGGCACCGAUCUGGGAGGCUGAUCCUAGUGGAAACGUCAUGUGACCCUGAAGGUGUUUUAGUUAUCAACAGCAACACGAACGGAAAACACAAACGAACAUCUACGUACCUGUGCUGUUAACGUGCUAUAUAGCAUGUAGCACCAACACGAUAUCCCACUAGAGCUACUAUGUUAAUGGAUUAGUGUUCCCUUGUAAAAAAAAAAACGUUUCCAAAUAGACUGAAGUUGUUUCUUUGGGAUUAUACUGCAAUAUUUACGUUCAUGUAUUAUAAAUGAAUGGACUUGUGUAGUGACAUGUUCACUAUCAAAUCAAAGUUUGUCUUAAGGGUUUUUUAAGUGGUCCAAUGUCAAGAUUAGUUCACGUCCCAAAACAUCUGCCAUCUAGUUAAAAAAAUAAGCCUCCUACUUAAAAAGGCAUGGUCUGUUUCAUAUUCCGUAAUGCAUUGGGGAUGGAGGCAUAUAGCUAGAUGUUUUGUACAGAUGAUAUUGGGGCAUCUCAUGUUUCUAACUUUGAUAUUAAAGCGCUGCUGAGAUCCGACAACACAUCACUAAAGUGGCUUACUUUGAUUUUGUAGUGAACUAUCAAUUUGACAUCAAUUUCUCAAAAUGUUUUCUGAAAUAGUUGAAGGAGGGUCAGUUUGACCCAAGUGGCUGUGUGUGAACUCUGCCUCUAUGUGUACCCUACAUAAGAAUUAAGCAGGAGACGUAGACACGUAUCCCAACACUAGCAAUAAUCUGUCGAUAUAGGACUUUUCCUAAGCUUUAGGAAGUUACAAUUGUCUAUUAGUGUAUUUGACAAUGAUUCUUUGGCAAUCUGUUGGAUUAUUAACUGAGGUAUACUGUUAAUUAAUGAAAUAUAGAAAAGGUCAAAAGCUACAGCUAGUAUUUGCAACAUUACGUUUUGUUCAAAUGCAUAUGACAGACUCAGACCGAAAAACGGAGACACUGUUCUUCUGUGUGUGAGUGUUUGUUUGUUUGUGCGUGCGUGUGUGUUUGUGUGCAAGCAGCAUAUUGCUCCAUGCUGGCAUGGAUAGAAAUGAUGCCAACAUCCAAGUCUUUUGUGGAAAGAGUCCUUUCACCUCUCCAGGCGACUGUCCUGAUGUGGUGUCUCCUCACUGUUAUUGAAAAUGUAUGUUGCCUAUUAUCCAUGCCUUCAUUAACUCCCUCUUUUAUGUAAACUUACAGGAUGUGAGAAUAAAUUGUUUCUGUUUGUCUAUAAACUAAACUGUCUGGUA